UUGAUUUAAUUUUAAAUUGGAAUAUUUGAUCAAUUCUCCCGCUUAUCGUCGUAGAAGGCUAUUUGCUAUUUCGGGAAGCAAAUGACGGAUGGUUGCUUUAAUGUUUAAUUAGUACCGAAAAGCUAGGAAGCGAUGGGAAUAUCAUCGCAAUAGGCAUAGAAGUAUUUGGACUGUGUACGACACCAGUUUGCACCGGUGAAGAUGAAGCUGUGGAAAAUCUGUUUCUACCUGCCAUGGGUAUUUUCGUGCUAUUGUGCCCAUAUAGACCCCACUGCGUACGAUAAGAGCUAUGAGGAGAUACUCAACCAGGAAGAAGAUGCAUUAGGCGUAGUAUUUUCGGAAGAGAGUCCGUACAGUGGCCAAUAUCCAAUGUCGGACGAUGAAGAAAGCUUUGUGUUUGAAGAUUGGUACGGCGCAACGGUGAGUCUUGAUGCAGACGUUGAAGUUGAUGAGAACAGUACCGAAAGUUUCGAAGCAAUAGGACGCCUCAGUGAAAUGCCUAUUUUGGAAGAGGAUUGGUAUAUGGAUGGAAUGGAGUCAAAGUUAAAGAUCGAAUAUACACCAUAUUCGGCCCUUCUAUACCAGGAGGAUGAAUUUGGACUGGAGUUCUUGUGUUCAGGAUAUUGGUUGAAAAAAGACACGCUGCUGAUCCGUAGUGACUGUUGGUCGAGCAAAGAUGGUCUGAACAUUGAAGAUACUGUUGCAGAAGUUUUCUUGAAAAAUGAUUUAAAUCUGAUGGUUUUACGCUUGCAUCCAAAUUUAAGUGAGUCUCAAGAACAACAGGAACUUCAUUUGGCAAAUAUUCGCGAUGAUUUCCCUGUGUCCAUUAACGAUUGUGCAUUGUAUGUUCUACGGGACGAUUAUGCACUGUUUGAGAUGUAUUCUUGGACCAUCCGGCCGUUACCUUUCAAACAAGCAAAGGCAUUGUGCCGCGAGAACCAUAUCUGUCUACGGACUCGUGCAUCAGCGGCGUACGGUUUGGAUUAUGCUCUAAUUUGUGACGAAUCGCUUGCCGGUAUGCUAACCACGGAUCGAACGAAAUACGAGCGAGUUUUCGGCAAAUUAACACUAAUGGACUUAUCGAUUGCAAAACCUUGGAUUGAUCAAUUUCUGAAUGAUGAGAUCAAUGGAGAAAAUGUAACCCAAGACCUUUCGCUUUCUUUAACUCCGAUGCCACCAGCUGAGAUGGUCGUCCUGGAAGGUGAAGUUAUUUGAGUUCUUGUCUGUUCAAGCAGAUACGCAGUUUGUUUGAGUCUGCACAUAAAUCAUGCAUCAAUUAGCACGUGAGUGAAUUUGUAACGAGACUGUAUUUGAAUUCUAACGAACUUAUUCCGUCCACCUGCCGUAAGAAUGUUAACGCAGUGUGAAUAAUAAUGUUAAAUUUGUGCACGAUCACUUCGCACUCGUUUGCCACAACGUCGGUGGGCUCAUCAUCAUCAUGGUAAUGUACGAACUGGCCAUCAAGCAAGGGGAAAUAAACUGUCACUUCAUAUUAUGCAGAGCAUGUAUGCGGACACCCC